UUUUUUUAACCAUAACUGGAAAUUUUCCGUAUCUUCAACAAAAUUAUCUUUUUGGCUCUUCCUUGCAAUAAUCAAAAUUUCCGCCUCAAGUUUUCGUUUCAUAAUCAUCAUUUUACCGCAAAAUGUCUGAACGUGAUAUUUGCUUGUAUAAAUUAAAAUUAGCAAAAUGCGCUCAACGGUACGAUGACAUGAUCGUAGAGUUGAGAAAGCUGGCCGCUAUAUCUGGAGAGUUCUCGCCAGAUGAGCAAAGACUUUUGACUGUUGCUUAUAAAUAUGAGGUGGACUUAAGACGUACCUCUUGGCGUAAUUUGGUUGCACUGGAGGACUCAGAGCCUAUAAGAAGCAAUUGUGAUCGAUUUCAUGUAAUGCGUGAGUACCGCGCGGAGAUCGAAAAGGAACUAUACCAAAUUUGUGAAGAUAUAAUCGAAUAUUUGGAUAGAGCACUUAUACCGUGUGAUGGUACAACAGAGAGUAAAAUUUUUUGCUCACAAUUGCGUGCUGACUAUAAUCGUUAUAUGGCAGAAGUUGAAGUUGGUACUGGCUCUCAGAUUAAGACGGACUGGGCGUUAGCUGCAUACAAAUGUGCUUAUGACAUUGCUGUGAGUGAGCUAAUACCAACAGAUCCGUUACGUCUGGGUGUAGCAUUGAAUUACUCGGUAUUCUUUUAUGAGGUUAUCAAAUCAUCCAACGAGUCUUGCCGCAUUGCUAAGGAUUCAUUUAAUGCAGCCAUUGUUGAUAUGCACAAGCUUAAUAGUGAGAAUUAUCAAGAAACUACUUCUAUAAUGCAAACCUUGUGGAACAAUUUACAGUUUUGGUCGACAUAUCCAAACUAUGGCUCAUAUUCAUCCAGAGAUGUUUAUCCAAACUAUACACAAUAUCCAGAUCAUGAAAUUGGUGCUGAGGAAGCAUAUCAUAAUUAUCCAAUAGGACGACAAUCAGAAACUUCAAAGAAAAGUAGUAAAUCGUCUAAGAGAUUGUCUAGAAAGACCCGUCACUACAAUGCUCUUGUGCUUGAUGAAGAGAAACGUAUGAAAGCUUCUGCUGCAAAGUACAGUGAUUCAUCACUAGAUAAUAAAGCGCUAGAGCUAUCUGACAGCGAUGAAGAGUAUGACUCGCACGAUGAAGAUGUAGAAAUCAAAGGUUAUGAUGACCGUAAGACUAUAGAUCACGUAGAAGAAAGUCUUAUAACAAAUAAAAGCGAAGACUUAUUUGAGGAAGAUAAUGUACACUCAACUUUCGAAAUUAAAAAAAUUAAUAAUGCUAGUGACACUAAUUCUACUGGGGAUAACUGCUCUGAAGUUAGCACUGACGAGGAUGUGUGCACAAUACACAAAGUAAAAUUAAGUUUUACUUCAAAUUCCAAUUCUAAUUCAAAUGCUGACAACAUAUCUGAGGGGGCCGCCGACGAUGAGAUAUGUACGCUGCAAGAAAUAAAAAGUAAUUUUAAAACUAAUGCGGACUCUAUAUCUGACAUAACUACGGACGAUGAGGGAUGCACACUGCAAAGCGCACAAACAUUUAAUUCAGCUUACGGCUUAACAUCUUAUACACCAAGUACACAGAGUUCCAGUGAUAAUAUGGGAAUUAAAGAAAUCUUCUCCAUCGCUUCUUCAGAUGCAAAAGAUAUGACAACUGAGCCAAUUAUUGUGAUAGAUUCAGACAGUGAUGUUAAGCCAAAGAAUAUAAAUGAGGCGGAGUCCACGGCAGUUGAUAACAAUACUACUCAAAACGAACCAAAUGAAACUAAGCCAGAUGACAGUAAACCAAAUAAAAUUACAUCAGAUGAAAACGUGAUAGGUGAAGUUAGUGCAGAAGAGAGUCUACCAGUAGAAGAGAAUAAAGAAAAAGUCACCGUAGAUAUUGAGCAAAAUAUAAUAACGAUGAGUGAACUUCCCACCGGUGAGGCCACCCUAUAGAUAUUAGUUAGUUAAACAAAUAUCUAAAUAGAAAAGGGUUAAACAUCAAGAUUUUUGCAAUUUAAAGUAUAAAUGUUUUCACAGGCAAUAAUUCAAUAUUUGGAGUACAAACAAUAAAUCCAUAGUAAUAAACACCCAAAAAAA